AUGGCCGCAGACAAGCAAAACGACGCCAAAGUGUCCUCCGUGGAUGAAAAUAAAGAAAAUGCUCCGGAUGGGGGUCUUGGACUGGAGAUUUUGCAAAUAAUCAAGGAGUCCCAGCAGCAGCAUGGCCUCAGGCACGGAGACUACCAGAGAUACAGGGGUUACUGCUCCCGCAGACUGCGUCGCCUGCGCAAGACUCUUGGCUUCAAGAUGGGCAACCGACACAAGUUCAUAGGGAAGAAAAUAACAGUCGAAAUGCUUUCUGACAGCAGGUAUCUGUUGCUGGUUUUGAUGGAGGCUGAGCGUGCAUGGAGUUAUGCCAUGCAGCUGAAGCAGGAGGCCAACACAGAGCCACGUAAGCGCUUCCACCUGCUGGCACGACUACGCAAGGCUGCCAAGCACAGCGAGAAGCUGGAGAAGCUCUGUGAGAGCCCUCGUGUUGACGCCAAGACCAAACUUGAGGCACAGGCCUACACAGCAUACCUGACUGGUAUGGUGGAGUUUGAACUGCAGGAGUGGAAGCUCGCCAUGGAGGCCUUCAACAAGUGCAAGACCAUCUAUGAGAAGCUGGCCAGUGCUUUCACUGAGGAGAUGGCAGUUCUGUAUCGCCAACGUGUGGAUGAGAUAUCACCCAACAUCCGCUACUGUGCUUACAACAUUGGUGACCAGAACGCCAUCAAUGAUUUGAUGCAGAUGAGACUGACAGGUGGAGGAGGAGGCAUGAUGGCUGAGAAACUAGAGGCCCUGAUCACUCAGGCAAGAACUAAGCAGGCAGCCACCAUGAGUGAGGUGGAGUGGCGAGGGCGAACGGUGCCCGUCAAGAUCGACAAGGCCCGCAUCUUCCUGUUGGGUCUGGCAGACAACGAAGCUGCUAUCGCUCAGACAGCUAAUGAGGAGACCAAAGAGCAUCUGUAUGAGACCCUGCUGGCCGAGUGCAGAGACACCAUCCAGGCUGUGAGAGAGGAACUCAAGAGUGAGGCGAAGCAGCGAGAGAGAAGCUCUGAUGCUGACAGUGGCAAGGUGUCCAACCUGCAGUUCCUGCACAGUUACCUGACCUACAUCAAGCUGUGUACAUUGGUGAAGAGAAAUGAGAGCAUGGCCCACACUCUGCAGGCUAAACUGAAGGAACCGGAAGCCGACGAGAACAAGAGAGGGCCCCGUCCACAGGACCUCAUCCGCCUCUAUGACAUCAUCCUGCAGAGUCUGGCUGAGCUCUCCUCCCUGCAGGGCCUGGAGGAUGACCACACCUUCCAGAAGGAGGUGUCCCUCAAGAUGCUGGUAUACAAGGCCUACAGGUGUUUCUUCAUAGCUCAGUCUUAUGUGCUGGUUAAGAAGUGGAGCGAGGCGCUGGUGCUGUAUGAGAGGGUGCUGAAAUACGCCAAGGAGGUUCAGUCUAAGGCCAAGAGCCUCAACAACAGCCUCAAGGAUCUCCCUGAUGUUCAGGAGCUCAUUGCCGAGGUCAAUGCUGAAAAAUACUCCCUUCAAGCUGCUGCUAUUUUAGAUACUGAUGAGACUGCUGAAGUUCCCACUCAGCAGCAGGUGAAAGACAACACGCCCCUCUGCAACCGCCUUGAGACCUUCCGCUUGGAUCCCACUCUCGUUGGAAAGCAGCCCAAUUUGGUCCAGUUCCCUCCCGACUUCCAGCCAAUCCCCUGCAAGCCUCUGUUCUUCGACCUUGCGCUCAACCACGUGGCCUUCCCACCCCUGGAUGACAAGGUGGAGCAGAAGGGCAAGGGCGGUCUCACCGGCUACAUCAAGGGCAUCUUUGGCUUUGGCAGCUAAAUCAGUCCCGCAGGCUUCAGUUUCUACAGUAGAGCCACGAGGCCCCGAGUUUACCCCAAACAACCAGACUUGGGUCAGUUGUUAAUUAGAAUAAUUAAAAUUACUUUUACGUUUUGAAUUAGUGCCUAAGUGCAAGAGGGGUGGAGUUUGCAAAUCUGAGGAAGGCAGACUGAGUCUACUCUUCUAUAAUCUUUCUUGGAAGAUUAAUCCAAUCAGUUUCAAGUAGCAAUAUGACCCAAGUUCACCUGCCAUCUUUAGUAAUAACAUCAGGCUGCAUGGGUUCCUAGUAUAAAGGCUCCCUCCUUAAUUUGAGCUGUGGAGGUGUCUGUGACUUUCAGGUUUUACAAGUUACCCUGCCUUGGUCUCCAAGUACAGCCAAGUUGUCAAUCUCACAGUCCUGUUAGAGUAAAAUACACCACUUAGGCAUCAUUAGUAGUUAUCCUCUUUUAUUCAGUGUUACGUAAGCGCCUUCAUGUAAUUACGUGUCAUUUUUGUCUGUAUGUGAGUUGUUUUCAGCAUCGUUUCUUAAAAUUUGCAAAGUGCAGUUUUGAUACAGCAGCUACUUUGACUUUAAAAACAAAGUAGCGCUCCUCUAAUAGUAUAGAUAUCCUGUGACAUGUAGUCCAACAAACUGAAGCCGUUUUAUCAAUCAUCACAGUUUUACAAGACUUCAGCUGUGUCCACCUUUGUUGUGGUCUCGCCUGCUUUUGACGGUACAUUAAGACACCAAUUUGUGAUUCAAAACUUCACUUUGUACACUGACAUCACAAUACACUGAAAGAUGAGAGCUAUAGGGUGGAAAUGCAGCAAUAAACUGGAUUUGGUUUGCUGUCAAAAAGCACAAGAAGAAAGAUAUCUUGCCACCCUUGUGGUCCGUCUUUUCUAAGUGGCUUCUACUGUGUGAAGUCAUGUGAGCAGUACUGUUACCUUCAAAUGGAUGAAGACUAAAGUAAUGAGAAGAAUUUGGAUAAAGCUUUGAAGUUUUAGGUGCAUCAACAGGACGAUGAAAGACAAAGCCAUGAAUCAAAUUGUGAAAUGUUGUUUUUCUUCAAACAGUGAAUGAUUAAAUAUUGUCAGCUGCAGCCUGCAGAGGUAAUGCUGUAUAUGUUGUCCCGUAUGACAUUCGGCCCUAAACUUGCAUUAUUUUCGAGAAGGGUCCAACUGCUUCAACACGUCUAGAUAGAAGCCUCAUUUUUAUCACCUCAGUGUCUGUUGUUUUCAAGGCACAUUUUCUACAGAAGGGUUUGCUGGCUGAUGACUGUGACGUAACAGUGCAGCUCCUCAAACUACUUAAUUCAUGUAAUGUUUUUAUUUUUACAUUUUGAUUUGCAUUUCAGCAACAUAAAUGUUGCAGUAGACAUUCAGGAAGUGAAGGAGUUCUUAGCAGCCUUUCAUUCAUCACACCACCACACCUGUUUGUCCAUCACUAGUAGGCUUAAAGUGUUUUCAUCACCAACGACAUGUCUAUGGACAUCCUGUAAUGCUAGAAAAAUAUUUUGUUUUUUGUUGCAAACAGCUGAAGUCGCUCAUUUUGUCUGACCUUUUUAAGGGACCUGGUUUGCCUGUGAUACCUGGUAAAACACUAUCUAGAGGACUGUGUCAGUGUCACUCUCCUUCUCUGACAUUUCACUGUUUUGCUUACUAAUUUUUAUCAGUGUCUUCAGUUUAAAUCAUUGUUUUUUUUCCCCUCAGUGUUUUAUGUUAUGAAUUGAGAAGGAUGAGCUGGAAUAGUUCCAGUACUUUACCUCGAAUUGACCUGGAAAACAAUUUGUCAUGAUGAAUAAUUGUUUGAAACAUAAGUGGAAAGAGAAAUGACAUGAUGAGAAUGUAUGAUUUGAUUUAAUUUCCAGGCGUACGAUUAAAAUAUAUUUGCACCAAA